CUGUGUGGGAGUAGCCAAUUCACUGCAUAGCGGCACAUCUCAGCGGUAACAUCUGAUUCCAACAAGUCUUUGAAAAGCUGCGUUUGAUUUAACCCUCAUAACGGUCAGGAGACGUGUCGACGGGGAAAGUAGUAUUCGCAUGACAUUCAGAACGCUGGAAGACAAACCUCGAAUAUGAAUAAUUCUGUCUGGAGCGCUUGUUAACGGCACAUAACUGAGCAUUUGCAAGUGCUGAACCUCUGCUGAGUUAACCCCUCCCCCUGCCUGAGCUGCCGCCUCAUCAGGUUUACCCGUUCUGUCUGCCUGUCCCAACUCCCGUAAGGCUGGCCCCCCAACCCACCAUGUCUACGGAAGUGGCGAGCAAUACACCUGUCGUCCCAGCCGACCCCUCCAGCACUCCCUCCCCCACAACAAGCAUCCCCACCACCCCUUCCGCAGCACCAGCCAAGACCCCCUUCAAGAAAGAGAAGAAGAAAGCUCCAGAGAAGACUGAUGAGUACCUGCUGUCCCGGUUCCAGGGUGAUGGUGUGAGGUACAGGGCCAAGCUGAUUGGCAUCGAUGAUGUCCCAGAGGCCCGAGGGGACAAGAUGAGCCAGGACUCUAUGAUGAAACUCAAGGGCUUGGCAAUAGCCUCUCGGUCACAGGGAAAACACAAGCAGAAGAUCUGGGUCAACAUAUCCAUGUCGGGCAUCAAGAUCAUUGAUGAGAAAACAGGGGUAAUAGAACAUGAGCACAUGGUGAAUAAGAUCUCGUUCAUCGCCAGAGACGUAACAGAUAACAGGGCCUUUGGUUACGUGUGUGGGGCCGAGGGACAGCACCAGUUUUUCGCCAUAAAGACUGGCCAGCAGGCAGAGCCCCUGGUCAUUGACUUGAAGGAUCUGUUCCAGGUCAUCUUCAACAUGAAGAAAGAGUCUGAGGGCUCACAGAAGGAUCAGCGCAAUAACGCAACAGUUGAGAAUGGUGGCAACACCUUGCUCAGUAUCGAUGGCCAGGCAGGCACUGCCAAAGAGGUGCAACAGCUGGAUCUGUUUGGAGACAUGUCCACACCCCCAGACAUCCAUUCUCCUACAGAGACUAAUGAUAUUCUAUUGCUGGAUCUGUCCGCUGAGGUUGACAGCAAUCAGAACUGUAUAAAAGGAAAUCCCUUCACUUCCUACGCCUCUAACCUUUGGGGCACCCCCCAAACAGAGAACCCCUUCUCCUCUGCGUUUGGCUUCUUUCCAACCCCAGACUCUGACCCUUUCAGCGAUGACCCCCUUGCCCAAUCAGCACCCCCCAAUUCUCAGAUCUCAGCACCCUCCACCAAUCACAGCCAAGAGAGCUCUGUUCACAUCUUGGGCAGGCCAGUCAUGAACGACAAUGGUCUUACUGGAGACUCUGACCGCUCCGGUCAGCAGUUGAACGGGUUGUCCAAUAAGAACAUGAUCCUGGCUCUCAGUAAUUGCCAGUGGCCACUCGGUGGCGUUAUGUCAGAGUGCAGGGUCCCUGUUCUUAUCCAGAACGGUUUGGGACCUGUGGCCUCUCCACAGAACCCCUUUCUCGACAUAUCUGGGGAAAUCCCGCCCCUCAACGGUGUGCUGUUCGAUCCAAAAGAAAACACACCCAUGGGUCAUGGCAAGGACAGUUCGGUAGUGAUAAGCCUCCCUCCACAGAACACUAAGGCUGGACGAGGUCGGAGGAGUGCCAAGUGUCCUGCUGACGACCUGUUUGGGGCUGACAUGUUUGCUGCUCCCAGUCAGCCUGACAGCUCGUCUGCCUCCAAUGACCUCUUCAGUCCCACCACCUCCUCCAUGGCAACUCUUGGAGCGUUGCAGUUGGGUCCCUCUUCAGUCACCAUCCCUCGGACCGCCCCAUCACCAUGGGGAGCCCCAGCCUCUUCCAUGUUCACCAUGCCAGGAGGGGUCACACUCCCCAACCCCCAGCCCACCUUCCCCCAGCCAUCUGCCUUCAGUGCCCUGCCCAUACCUCCAGCCCCCUGGGGCCAGCAGGCGCCAUCCCCUUAUGGGGCCCCGCCAGUCAGCCAGGCUUGGGGACAGCCUGCACCUGCAGGGCCCAUGGGUGCACCAGGCUGGGGCCAGCCUCCUAUGGCUAACCUCUUCCAGCCCGAGCCUUACACCAUGAUGGGAGGCCCUCUACAGGGUAUGCUGCAGGGUCCACCACGGCCUCCACCCCGGCCACCAGUAAAGGAGGCCCCAGCUAAGGUGGAACCCAGUGCCUUCACAGCUCUGGACCCACUGGGAGGGGAGAAGGAGAAAAAGAGUGGGAAGGACAUGUUCAAGGACUUCCAGAUUGCCAAGCCUCCAGCCAUCCCAGCAAGGAAAGGGGAGCAGAUACCCAGGUCUGCCGCCCCAAGCACCAAUGGGGAUGGGGUGUUUGCCCAGUACUUCUCCAGCAAAGUGGGCGUGCCCCAGGAAAUUGCGGAUCAUGACGACUUUGAAAUUCAGAGUCGGAUUUCAGCUAUUGCCAAUGACCCACCCAAACCAGCCCCACUGCACUCUGCACCCAUGAUGUCUCUUGCAGUGGUCCCUGGGCCAGGGCUCCUGGAUGCAUUUUCCCCUACUCCAGCCACAUUCCUUGCUCCAGCAGCAGCAGGUCUCAACCAGAACCUAUUUGAUGACGUAUUUGGCUCUGCUACUCCUAAUGCCUUUGGAGUACCACUUCUAGCUACGACCACUGGUGGCUCGGAUCCCUUCGGAGACCCCUUUGCCUGAGUGACACCCUGCCCAUCUUCCACACUCAGGUUUGCAGUGGUCCAGAGAAGAAGCAGCGAUGCUCUAUGACCAAAUGUCUUCAGAACCAGCUACUACAACUACAAGCGCCAGACAAUCCUACACAAUUACAACUUCUAACCCCUUGCCCACACUGAAUAACUGCCUUUCUUGAUGUCCAUUACAUAGCCCCUCGUUUACCCCCCCCCAAAACACCUUGUUUCGGUUCCAAUCUCAUAGCUUUUUAGUACCACUGAAUGAAAUGUAUUGUAAUAAAGUGACAUAAUGUGUGAUGGAAGGGAAGGCCCUGGAAAUGCUCUAUAUUAAACACUGAAUAAUG